UCUGUGAUUCACCCUUUUUUGUAUGUAGCGUAAAUUAAGCUAUAAGCUCUCUGUAAGUUCUUUUGUUUGGGUUGUAUAUUGCUUAUCUACCGCCAUGGGGCAGGCAGCGUCCAGACAGGAAGCGUUUUGGGAAGCCUGUGGUUUUGGUCACACAGACAGAGUGAGGAAGUUCUUGGAGGAGGGAGAUAUCGAUGUUAACUGGGUCUCCUAUACUCAUGACUGCUGUCCAAUUCAUGUGGCUUCUCAGGGAAAGCCUGAUAUUGUAAGAAUGCUCCUGGAGAAAGGGGCAAAGGUCAAUGUCAAGGAUGUGAGGGACAGUCUUCCAAUUCACCAUGCAGCCAUGAAAGGUCAUACAGAGGUCGUACAGAUAUUGAUAGAUGCUGGAUCAGAAAUUGACACUCAAGACAAGAACGGUUGGACUGCACUACACUGUGCAGCCUAUUGGAACAAGCCAGAUGUUGUCAAAUGUCUGCUGAAGAAUGGUGCCGAUGUCAAUAUUGAGAACAAGGAUAAAAGAUCAGCCCUCCAUGAAACAGCUCGCUCACAAGAGAAGGGUGACUUUGAGCUCGGGGAAAUCGCGCAGAGGCUUAUAGAGGCAGGAAGUGACGUCAAUGCCAAGAGUAGUGACCUUGGAGAGGCAGAUUUCACGGGUUUGAUGUUUGCCAGCUACCACAACCACCCAGAAGUUGCUAGUGCACUUAUCAGUGCUGGGUGUGAAAUCAAUGCAUUUGGAACAAAUCGCUGGACUGCUUUACACUGGGCCUGUGACAGGGGCAAUGAUGAGAUGGUAUUUCUCUUACUAGAGGCAGGCAUUGAUCCUACCAUCAGGGGCUGGAGAAAUGAACUCGCCUCGGACCGCUGCCAAGACAACGGGAUGAAGGAAAUGGUGAUGAAUGCUGUUAACAUGUUCGAAGAGUUGUCUCUCUUAGAUUGCAAGGUCUCCCCUGAUUAUAAAGGUGAAGAUAUCUCAGGAAAAAGUAUAGGAACCAGCCAAGAGAAGGAAAUCUCUAGUAAUAUCUCAACAGAAAGGACUGCAGGGCAGGAUACCAGUCAAAAAGCUCCUCUCAAGAACACAGCUAAUAAAUCACCAAAUACAUCUCCUGAUUUAGAUACCAAGGACACAAUUACAGACAUUGUAAAGUUAAAAGGCAACCCCCAGUCAGAGGAUGUAGAUGUGGUGAUUAUUAAAUCUGAGAGCAAAACAAGUGUGAAACAGCAGGAGAGAGUUAGCUCCCUUGGAGAGGAUAAUAAUGAUCAGGAAAAGAUGGAUGAAGUUAAACAGACAGACAUACAAACAACCUGUGAACAAAGUCCAGAACAUACCAGCUGAUAGUUAGCUAAUAUAAUGCUAAUGUCAUGCUCAAUCUUAUUUCUAAACCCUGUGUGGUGAAUUUCUCUUCUGGUGCCAUUUGCAGCAGCAAAAAACAAAUUAAUCACAAUUGUGUUACUAAUUAAUGUUGUCCAAGAAAAAGAUAACUGUCCUGGUUUUGAUCUCUUGCCCUUUCUUCAGUAAGUCUUUGGUAUUUACUAUAUAGCUGGUUAAUAUUACUUUUUACAGAAAUCAAACCUUUUUCAUGUGUAAUCUCUAUACUGUGUCCUGUGGCUACAUAUUAUGCUAAAAAGAUUAUUUUCUUAAAAAAUAAUUCUUAGUUUUGGGAAAUUAUACUUGAGAGGUUGUAGUCUUAUUGAACAGUUCACAAACUGAGAUUUUAAAUUGUGAGAACAUAUUUAUUGCAGAUUCUUUGAUAUUUAAGAAAAAUGUUAAUGGUGUUACUUUAAUAUGAUUUGACAUACAUGUAUUUGUGCAAUAAAGAAAAAGACAACUUCC